AGCGAUAGCCGAGUGAGCAAGGGCGUGCAUGGCAUGGGGAGCUGUUCAGCAUUUUCACAGCGUCAUAUAAGUACCCGUGGCAUUCAUUCGGAGCGGCUAUGCUGCGGGGCAGCGCCUGCACGGUCGCCUGCGUCGACGUUUCAAGAGGCUAGCGCACGGAACUCGCAGAGCAAGGAGUUCUUGCGACACUCGCCACAGGAGUCCUUUCAAAUACAUAGCAUUUCCCGCAGCCAUCUCAAACAUGAAGUCAGCGUCCCAGCCCCUGCCAUUCUUGAGUGCUCUCCCCUGGAGCUGGUGACCGUGCGCGACCCCGCUGCCGACUCGAAUUCGUGCUCAGCACGCAGCUCUCACGUCGCGAGCACGGCAGCUGAGCUUGGCCUAGCCACACCUGCCGUGAGCGCCCUCACCAGCCUGCAGACGCCCUCAUGUCUGAACGCUGAGGCGCACUUCCUGCUAUCCCCGCCAGACAACCCGCGGCCAGAGCAGCAG